GAGAGAGAGAGAGAGAGAGAGAGAGAGAGAGAGAGAGAGAGAGGGCUUAGAAUAGAAGAAGCCAUGAAACUGGAACAAGUUCUGCAUAUGAUUGGUGGUGAUGGGGAAACAAACUAUGCGAGUAACUCAGCACUACAGAAAACAGUAAUAUCCAAGGCAAAACCCAUUGUGGAGAAGGCCAUUCUAGACCUCUAUUGCAUUACCUUCCCGAAAAGCCUCAGCAUUGCAGACUUGGGUUGUUCUUCAGGUCCCAACACCCUCAUGGUCAUCUCUGAGAUUAUCGAUGCUGUGGACCGAAGAUGCCACCAUCUGAACCGUCCAUCGCCGGAGUUCCAAGUGUAUUUGAAUGAUCUUCCAACCAAUGAUUUCAAUGCCAUCUUCAGGUCCUUGCCAGGCUUCCAUGAGAAGCUCAAGAAAGAGAAGGGGAGAGAUUUCGGGCCAUGCUACAUUGUUGGAGUGCCUGGUUCCUUUUAUGGACGCCUCUUUCCUGACAAGAGUCUACACUUCGUUCAUUCUUCUUAUAGCGUGCAUUGGCUCUCUCAGGUACCUUCAAUUCUCGAGAGUGAAAAUUACAUUGGAUUGAACAAGGGGCAUAUCUAUAUAGCAGAGACGAGCCCUCCUCUCGUUCACAAAGUCUACUUGGAGCAGUUUCAAAAGGAUUUCACAUUGUUUCUAAGGUCAAGAUCACAAGAAUUAGUUCCGAGUGGGCGCAUGGUACUAGCUCUUGUGGGACGGAUUGAUAGUAAUCCCAUUAGCAGGUGGUGUGGCUACAUUUUCGAAUUACUAGCACAAGCACUUAAUGACAUGGUCUCACAGGGAAUUGUUGAAGAAGCGAAAGCAGAUUCAUUCAAUAUGCCAGUUUAUCUACCGUCUAUUCAAGAACUGAGGGGUGUGAUCGAAAAAGAAGGAUCCUUCCAUGUUGAUCAACUAGAAAUUAUUGAAUUAAAUUGGGAUCAAAAUCAUGACGACGACAAUCCGAACUGCGUGCCUGAUGUUAUGACGAGUGGCAACAGCAUUGCAAAGCGUAUAAGAGCCAUCUCAGAAUCCAUGCUUAUUAAUCACUUUGGAACGGCAAUAAUCGAAGAUCUGUUUGAGAGGUUUGCAGCGAAAAUUGCAGGGCACCUAUCGAAAGAGAAAAGCAAGGUUUCUAAUCUUGUCAUUUCCAUGAUCAAGAAAGACGAAGAUCGACUUGUGGCUUCCUUUUGAGGUAUCCACAACCAUCUAAUCAAGCUAUGAGGCGCUGCAACUGAAUUGAAUGGUGGGCCGCGUGCAACCAUCAGGACUUUCUGGGUUCAACGGAUUAGUGGGGCCAGGCCCAUUCAUUUCCACGGUUGAACGUUACGAUUUAUGGAUUUUUGUUAUGUUUUUCUAUGUUAUGAAUAUAUUUUUACUUUUUAGCCUUGCA